AUGCCAGAGACGGGAUCCUUUGCUAUCCCGUUCGGCUUGGUCGCAACUCUCAACAAGCGUGCCGAAGAGGAAGGAAAGCAAGUGAGCACUGCCCUGCAGAUGGCACUUUUGAAUUGCUGCGUGACUGUCGGACAGCAAGUGUGUCAUAUGGUCCUUGCUAUCAUCGAAGAACACCUUCCAUUGGAAAAGGCCUUGCCUUGUGUCUUCAUCCUCGCUGGUGUGGCCCACACAUUGGGAGGUACUUCAGCCCUCUGCUUGGACGACAAACCGGCGUGA